CUGUAUAAAUAACACAUGCUUUCUUUCUCUUUUUGAUCCAUUCAUUUCAUUCACGACAUGCCGACAGGAUCUUCUGACUUGUUCAUCAUUUUUUGUUAGUUUGUCGCCAAAUAAAAAAUAUACAAUGAAUCCUGCUUCUAAUCAAGAGUUUAUUCAUGUUAAACGGAAAAGGGGAAAGUCAGCUACAUUAAACUUUCGGCACAAUGUUGAUUCUUCUGAAAGUUUGAGAAGCCUUGGUCUAAAUUCGAAUUCGAAGUUACAAGACACAUUUUGUUUGACAAAUGAUGAUAUUAUAAAGAAAUUAAAAGUCGCUCAAAGUCAUUUAGAAGUUUCUGGGUUCUUCUCACAUUUUCAAGGGCUUGUCGCUAAAGCUCUGCAAGCGUUGGACCCUCUUCGAUCUCCAAAUUCUCCAAAGAUUUUAAAAAUAGUGUGCUUGGGGCUAGGCAGUUUUUCUGACUGUAUUAUUGCAAGAUAUCAACUUGCAUUAUUGACUCUACUGCAAACAAAACUGGAAAUUGGUUCGGUUGAAUUAUUUGAUCCGAUAUUUUCUGAUCAGGAGAAUGCUGUUUUAGAAGAGUUGGGAUUCCAUGUACUCACAAUUAAUGAGGAAGGCAGACGAUGUGUUGAAAAUGACUUGCUCACUCUAUUUUACCUCCCACAUUGUUCUCACCAGUUAACAAAUAAUCUCUUGUUUGCAAACUGGAAUAUUGAAAAGCUCAAAAAUUGUGUCAUAAUUUCUAAUUCAUUUGCAAAUAUUCAUAAUUCAGUCCCACCGAGAAUUCUCUCUCAAUCAUUGUCAUUCAUCUCUAGGGCAGGUGACAUUUGUGAAGAGUUUGAAGUAAAAAAUUGUUUUGAAUACUCGGAUAUAUUUAACGAUACGUCAAUUCAUGUGUUCUCUAAACUUAAUGCAUUUCAUCAAAUGAAUGACUUUUGGUUGGACUGCAGUCCUCCAGUUUACCUAGAUUCUGACUUUGUCAAGUCUUCCUGUAUUGAAGAUAUAAAACCUAACCAAUUGUAAAAUUAAAAUGAUAUAUGACAAGAUAA